AAAAGCUACCAAAAGAGUAAGAAUAGAGAGAAAUUCACACAUAAAAAUAGAGAAAAUAAAAAUGGAAAAAUCCAAUAAAUGGGAAAAAACUCUUGCACAAUUAAUUCAAGAGGAGAAACAAAAAGAGAAUAUUGUAGCUUGUUUGAAAUCAUCAUCAUCAUCAUCAUCAUCAAUAGAUUUUUUACCCAUUUCAAUAAUUAAUGAUAGUAUUAAUAAGAGUAUUAGAAUUAAUCCUUUAGAAGAAGAAUUUGAAAGUCAUCAUGAUUAUGAUCAUCAGGGAGAUCAUAGUGAAACUAAAACUAAUAACAUUGUCAAUAAUAAAGAAGAAGAAAUAAGCAGUAAUCCAAUAGAAGCAUGGCUUCCAAUAACAGAAUCAAGGAAGGGAAAUUUGUAUUUUUGUAUAUUCCAUUUGGUUUCUUCUGGGCUUGGAAUUCAGUCUCUUGUUCUUCCUCUGGCUUUUGCUACUCUUGGCUGGGCUUGGGGAAUUGCAUGGUUAUCAAUUGCAUUCAUAUGGCAACUCUACACCAUUUGGGUUCUUACUCAACUCCAUGAAUCUUCCUCUGGACAUCGAUACAGUCGAUUCCUUCAGUUAGCAAUGGCAGCAUUUGGUCCAAAGCUGGGGAAAAUUUUGGCACUAUUUCCAGUAAUGUACUUAUCAGGAGGAACCUGUGUAACACUUCUAAUAACAGGUGGUGGAACUAUGCAACAUUUAUACAAGAUAUUGUGCGAAAAUAGUCAAAUUUGUGAUCCAAAUUCAGUAACAAUUGUAGAAUGGUACAUGGUUUUCCUUUGCUUAGCCAUUGUUAUAGCCCAGCUCCCUAACUUGAAUUCAAUGGCUUGGGUGUCGCUAGUUAGCGCGAUCACGGCCAUGGUUUACUGCACUCUUAUUUGGGUUCUGUCCAUCUGCAAUGGUAGAGUUACAGGGAGUACUGACCGGCCCUCGAAUCAGGGAUCGGAAUCUGAGAUUAGGCCAUUUAUGGAUGUUAUAUCUGCAGUUGGAAUUGUUGCCCUGUCUUUUAGAGGACAUAACCUUGUGCUUGAAAUUCAGGGGACUCUUCCAGCAAGCAUAAAACAUCCAACCCACAAAACAAUGUGGAAAGGAGUGAAAUUUUCAUAUGCACUAAUAGCUAUGUGUUUGUUCCCCUUAGCCAUUGCUGGAUAUUGGGCGUAUGGUAACUUGAUAGUUGAUAGAGGAAUGCUAAAUGCAUAUGCACAAUUUCAUCGGAAACAAGGCUCAAAGGUUCAGCUAGCCAUAAUGUACUUCUUCCUCAUCAUAAAUAGUUUAUGUUCAUUCCAAAUUUACGCAAUGCCAGUUUUCGACAACUUUGAGCUGCGGUGUGUUAGCAUCACCAAGAAACCCUGUGCGUGGUGGUUAAGAACGGGGCUAAGGAUAUUUUUCGGAGGGUUAGUGUUUUUCAUAGCAGUUGCGGCUCCUUUUUUACCCCAACUAGCACUUCUAAUCGGAGGGAUUGCGUUGCCAGUUACCUUUGCAUACCCAUGUCUCAUGUGGAUCUUCAUCAAGAAACCCAAAAAAUUUGGGACAGUUUGGUGUACCAACUUAAUUCUUGGUAGCUUAGGAAUUUUCCUUAGUGUAUUAUUAAUCAUAUCUGCUAUAUAUAAUGUUGUAACCAAGGGUAAUUCUGCUAAUUUUUUUCAUCCCAAACCAUAGUUUACGAAAUCAUGUAACGAUUUAUCUCAAUGGAAAAUUUUGUAAUUACUAUAGCAA